AUGAAUGUGUCGGUGAGUGACCAGAUUUGUGAUCGAGAAAGAAAUAAGAUACUUUUUGCGUUAAAUACCAAGUACCGUGAGUUAUUCGCAGAAAAUCUGCAGCAUCCAAUGGAAGGUUUUGAAGCUAAUAUUGUUAUGAGAGACCAUGCGUCUCCAGUGUUUUACAAGCCGUAUGAUGUGCCGUUUUCACUCAGAGAGAAGGUAUCAGAGGAGUUAGAUAGGUUGGUGAGAGAAGAUGUUCUUAGAUCUGUUCAACACAGCGAUUGGGCAUCACCAAUCGUAGUGGUUCCUAAGGCAGACGGCAGCGUGAGAAUCUGUAUGGAUUGUAAGGUGACAUGGAACAAAGUCAUUUGCAAUGAGCAUUAUCCGUUACCGAAUAUUAACGAUGUGUUCGCCAAUAUGAGUGGAUAUAAGUAUUUCGCUAAGUUGGAUCUACAGGGUGCGUAUAUGCAGAUUACGGUUACAGAAAAGUCGCAAAAAUUUUUAGUUGUGAACACUCACAAAGGUCUGUAUGCGUUUACUAGAUUACCUUUUGGAAUCUCGAGUGCAGCAUCCACUUUCCAAAGGAUUAUGGAUGAAAUCUUAACCGGAAUAGAGGGAGUUCAGAGUUAUCUGGACGAUAUUAUGAUAGGGAGCGAUACUAUUGAGGGUUUGAUUGCUACAACAUACGAAGUACUUGAUCAAAGUCAAGGUCAACUUGAGCAAGAGUGA